AAUUAGAAGAAGAAAAAAACGAAUAUUCGUAUAUCAUCGCAGUCUCUUCUUUGCAUAUAAAUAUUCAGCCGAGGAUAAUCUAAAAUCUGAAUCCAAAUAGUGUCUUGAAGGAUUUCGUUCGCUUGCUUUGAUCUUCAGCUUCUAUCUGAAGAACAUGGAACAAAAGAGAUGGUUCUUGUUCUCGCUGGCAAUUAUUUCUUGUCUUCUUUUCUUCUCACGUGGAAGAGUUGAAGUUCUCAAGUUGAAGAGCGAUGAUGAUGGUCCACCUGUUUACAACCAUACACUUGCCCUAACACUUGUGGAGUAUACCUCUGCGGUCUAUAUGUCUGAUUUGACACAACUCUUCACUUGGACUUGCGAAAGAUGCAAUGGGUUGACAAAGGGUUUCCAAGUCAUAGAGAUCAUAGUUGACAUUGAGUACUGCCUACAGGCAUAUGUUGGGGUGGCAAAGGAUUUGAAUGCUAUCGUUAUUGCAUUCAGAGGAACUCAGGAACACAGCAUACAAAAUUGGAUCUCAGACUUGUUCUGGCAACAGCUCGAUCUGAAUUACCCUGAUAUGCCAGAUGCAAUGGUUCACCAUGGCUUCUAUAGUGCUUACCACAAUACAACCGUUCGGCCUGCAGUUUUGGGUGCAGUAAAACGGGCGAAGAAAAUCUAUGGGGCGAACAUCAGCACCAUCAUGGUGACUGGUCAUUCAAUGGGAGGAGCCAUGGCUGCCUUUUGUGGGCUAGACCUAGUUGUAAAUGAAGGAGAAGUAAACGUACAGGUCAUGACAUUCGGGCAACCUCGUAUUGGGAAUGCGGAUUUUGCAUCUUAUUACAGUUUGCUUGUGCCUAAUACCUUCAGGAUCACACACGACCGAGAUAUAGUUCCUCACCUGCCUCCUUACUUCUAUUAUUUCCCUCAAAAAACAUACCACCACUUCCCAACAGAGGUGUGGGUAAGAGAUAAUUUUUCGAAUCUUGUUAGUGCGGAGAAAGUUUGUGACAACACUGGUGAAGAUCCUACAUGCUGCAGAUCGGUAAUGGGAAUUAGCAUAUCCGACCAUUUAAGGUACUUUGGGGUAGAUAUGAUGUGUGAGAGUUGGAGACAAUGCAACAUAGUGAUGGGCAAUGAGGUGGAGAGGUACAGCAGGAAAGAUUCAAUGGGUAACAUAUUCCUGUCUCGGACAGUUCCUUCCACUGAAACAAAAAAUCUACCCAAAACUGGAGUCUCUAGUCUAUAGGAGCUGGUUGGUUCAAAGUGUUGAUUGAACAAGAAUGGUUGCUUGAAAGAUAUUGAGGUUGGGAAGAUAUAAAUUUGGAGGAGGAAGAAGAAGGGUUCUUUGAUUCUUUGUGAUUGUGAAAGAUACUGUACAUAUAAUAGUCAAGAAUUUGUAAAUAGGUCGUUAGUUGAUAAGAAGAAAAAAACAUGUUAAGAUCACACAGAAAUUGGAUUCAAGUAUGUGUAUAUAUAUGUGAAUGAAUAUCAAAUUGCAUUGCUUUGUUCUU